UCCUAAUUUCUUUUUGAAAUCAACUUUCAUUAAAAAGAAGCAUUAAAUAGAAGCGGUUAGAUCAGCCAAAACGAGUUGAUAGACCCCAACCACUAAGCAUAUAUAACCGAAAGAGCUAAUUUUGCUAAGUUAUAAGCCACCGAAAUAGAAAGCUUGAUUGAGAAAGAAAUUCCUUGACAGCAAGCAUCCUUAAACAGUGUUUUACAAUCAUGAACAACUAGACCCACAUCAUUACAAAGUAAAAUAGUUAUUGAAGUAAACUGCUAGACUGCUAGUACUACUUUUUUAACAGUAAGAAAUUAGAAUAUUUUUUUGAUAAUCUGACAUAUAACAAACUGCUUAUAUUAAAAUGGAUUAGGAUCCUCUCCUAUUACGUUCAAUCAAUCUACACCAUUCAUUACAAAAUGAAUGGCGUAGGUUAACUUAACAUAUGUGCGGAUACCCCCAUAAUGGGAAUAGACCUGAAGCACAUUGUGACUACAUUACGCAACUGCAGGCUAGUUCCAACGCUCAGAUAUGGUAAAUCACUUCACUCUCAUCUGAUAAAAACUGGGCACUCUCAUAAUAUGUACAUAGCCGGCAAUUUAAUCUCAAUGUACGUAAAUUGUUCUUUACUCGUCGACGCAUGCAAGCAGUUUGAUGAAAUGCCUGAGAAGAAUAUUUUUACUUGGACAACUAUGAUAUCUGCAUAUACCAACUUUGGAAAACCUUAUGAAUCUAUUAAAUUGUACAUCCAUAUGUUAGAUUCUAAAGCUGAGGUGCCUAAUGGUUUUACAUAUUCUGCGGUACUAAAAGCGUGUGGGCUUGUGGGGGAUAUUGAGUUAGGUAAACGGAUUCACGAGAAGAUUUCUAGAGAAGAUUUAGAUAAUGACAUUGUGUUGAUGAAUACUCUGCUGGAUAUGUAUGUUAAAUGUGGCAGUUUGGAUGAUGCAAGAGAAGUUUUUGAUGGUAUUUUAAUGAGUGCGAAUUCAGUUACAUGGAAUACUCUUAUUUCGGGGUACUGUAAUGAAGGCUUAAUGUACGAGGCGGUUAAUUUGUUUAAUCAGAUGCCAGAGCGAAAUACUAUUUCUUGGAACAUCAUUAUUGCUGGUUUUGUGGAGAAUAAGAGCUUGCGAGCAUUGGAUUUUGUCUGUAGGAUGCACGAGGAAGGGUUUGAGCUUGAUGAUUUUACGUUUCCUUGUGCACUUAAAUUAUGUUGCUAUGUUGGUUUCUCAGAUAUGGGGAAACAGAUUCAUUGUUAUGCUAUAAAGUCAGGUUUUACAUCUAGCUGCUUCACUGUGUCAGCACUAGUUGAUAUGUAUUCGAAUUGCAAUCUUUUAACUGAAGCUGUAACGCUAUUUGAUUGGUAUUCAGGCUGCAACUAUUCAACUUCUGAUAGUUUAGCCCUUCAGAACUCUAUGCUUUCCGGAUAUGUCAUUAAUGGGCAGAAUAGAGAAGCUCUGAAUAUGCUUUCAAAAAUCCAUCUUUCUGAUGCCUAUUUUGAUUCUUACACAUAUGCUAGUGCUUUGAAGGUAUGCAUUAACUUGCUUAGUAUAACAAUAGGGAGUCAAGUGCACGGUUUGGUUGUUAUCAGUGGGUAUGAGCUUGAUUAUGUUGUCGGGAACCUCCUCGCGGAUCUCUAUGCAAAACGUGGAAACAUUAAGGAAGCUCUUGGUUUGUUUCACAGGCUUCCAAAGAAAGAUACUGUAACGUGGUCUGGUUUAAUGACGUGUUGUUCCAAGAUGGGAUUAAACUCGUUAGCUUUGUCACUAUUCCGAGACAUGGUUAAAUUGCAAGUUGAAGUCGACCAAUAUGUUAUUUCUAACGUUGUGAAAGUUUGUUCAAGCCUAGCAUCUCUUGGAAAUGGCAAACAGAUUCAUGCUUUUUGUAUUAGGAAUGGAUAUGAAACCGAUGGGGUUACAGUUACAGCUCUGAUUGAUAUGUACAGCAAAUGUGGUGAAAUUGAAAAUAGUUUAACUUUAUUUCACAGUACCGUAGAAAAGGAUAUCGUGUGCUGGACAGGGAUUAUCGUAGGGUGUGGACAGAAUGGAAGAGCAAAGGAAGCUGUUGAAUUUUAUCGAAAGAUGAUUCAAAUCGGGUUAAAACCAAAUGAAGUCACCUUUCUAGGUGUUCUUACCGCCUGCAGACACGCUGGCUACCUAAAAGAGGCGUGGGGUAUAUUCGAGUCAAUGAAAAUUGAUCAUGGACUUGAACCUCAGAUGGAACACUAUUAUUGUAUGGUUGAGCUUCUCGGUCAUGCCGGGUGUUUCAAUGAUGCGAUGAAAUUAAUAUCAAAGAUGCCAUUUAAGUCCGAUAAAACAAUAUGGAUCUCUUUGCUUGGGGCAUGUGGAAUUCAUCGGAAUGCUGAACUAGUUAGAACCAUUGAAAAUAACCUUCUUGCAUCCUUUUCGGAUGAUCCUUCAGUAUACAUUAUGCUGUCGAAUACUUAUGCAACAUUAGGUAUGUGGGAUAAUUUAAGCAAGGUGAGGGAAUCUGCAAAAAGACUGGGCGUGAAAAAAGGUGGAACGAGCUGGAUUGAGAUUUAAUAAUUAAGAUAAGUUCUUCAUUUUACUCUACUGCAUGGCCCAAAUGAUCGAUCACAUAGUUCUUUUUACAAAUUUUACUUACCUGUCAACUAUGCUGCACAGAAACAUAAAUGGAUAAUGCUGAAAGGGAAAUUGCCGAAACAUAAAUUUUAGAGUUUCAGAAGCAUUUUUGAAAAAUAGAAACAAAAUGCCAAAAUGAAGGAACUGAGAAGUUUAAAUGCAACAUAGUCUGUCGAUGAUUUGUUAAUGACCGGACCAUGGGACUGAAAUCCUGAAGAUGCGAGAAAAAAUGACAUGUCGUCACUAACAAGUAGUGACAGAUUUACAUACAGGCUAGGCUAGGCUCUAAUUCAGGAUGCCGUCGAAAAUUUUGAAAAGAAGAAGGUAGAGUUUGUAGUGAAUCCGGGAUUAGAGAAUAGAGAAGGUUAAGCUCGGGCUGCCGAAAGGUUAGAGAUGGACUAAAGGUUAAGCCCAAGCUGAAAUGAAAUACGAUUCCGCUACUAUAGUAAACAGGCCAACAAGAAAGUCCAUGAGAAAUGGAGGGAAAAAGCUUGGAGAUGUGUUGCAUUUUCAAUUUACAGAUGAUUAUAUAUAUAUAUACUGCAUCAGAAUCCUUCAUAAUCACAUUAUUAUGACAAGAAUCCACAAUAGCCUCUAAACCUAAUCCUUCUAAAUGUUCAAUAAUCAUUUAUCAUGAAUGGUCCAGCCAUUUGAGUUGGACCUAACAGAAGCCGUGAGUACUGCAACAUACGUGGGUGGGUUCCAGUUGAUCAAUAGUUAGUGAGGAGCCCCAACCAAUUCAUUUGUCACUGUUGAAUGUUGAUGCAAAGCUUUCAUAGCUUGCUGUAGAAGACUUCAUCCCGUGCUUUCAGUUACGGUGUGGAUUCCCUUCAAACCGAAUUGAACCAAACUAUAAUUUUGAAUGUAUCAGCCGCAUCAAACUGAAUCAGUCAGGUUUAGCUGUUUUUCGGUCCAAGUGAUUUUUUUUAGCGCGGUUUAUAUCAAUUUGAAUUAAAAUUAAGAAUGA